AUGACAGAUGAAGUCAGGGAAUUAUCAGUUCUCAGCACCGGUAUCCAGAUAUUUGAUCAGGUGAUCUUUAUAAUACAAGCAGAGAAUGAUAUAUGUUUGGAGUGGCUUAACAAACAACCUCCAAGCUCAGUACUUUAUAUAUCUUUUGGAACAACAUCAUUUUCCGAUAGAAAAAUAAAGGAGCAUGAGAUGGGUUUAGAACUAAGCAAACAGAAGUUCAUAUGGGUGUUGAGAGAUGCCAAUAGAGGAGAUAUCUUUACUGGGGAAGAUAGAAGGGUAGAGCUUCCAGAAGGGAGGGUUCAUGAGUCUUUGUGGAUGGAAUUCAUGUAUAGCGAGUAUUACUAUGGAAGUGCCUAUAGCUGCUUGGCUAUGCAUUCUGACCAAGAGAUAAAUGGUUUCUUGGUGAUGGAAAUGUUGAAAAUAGGCCUGAUUGUGAGGGAGUGGGAGAAACGCGAGGAGCUAGUAAGUGCAUCCAUUAUUGAGAACGUUGUGAGGAAGUUGAUGGCAUCAGAAGAAGGUGAUGUAAUUAAGAAAAGAGCAGAAGAAAUGGAAGAAGCCUUGCAGCGGUCUACAGAGAAAGGGGGUGCUUCUUGA